AUGGGUUGUGUUGCUUCUAAACUAGAGGAAGAAGAAGAAGUUGUGUCAAUUUGUAGAGAAAGAAAACACCUUAUAAAGCUAGCAGUAGAUAGAAGAUAUGCACUUGCAGAAGCACAUUGUAGGUACUAUCAAGCUCUUUAUGCAGUGGCAGCUGCUAUUAAGCUCUUUGUAGCUCGCCAUUCUUCACCUUCUUCACCUUUUCUCAUCACUUUUCCUCCGCCUUGUCCGCCUACACCACCGGCUACAGAUCAAACUGUAAUAACCAAUCCAAUGUUCCUUCAACAAGGACCUUCAGAGUCAACCCAUGAAGCCAUUGCCUGUGAGUAUUGUGAUUCUUCAACAAGCUCAGAAACUUCAGAGGAAGAGAAGAUUAUAAGUGGAUAUAACAGGUGUUCUGAUGAUGAUUUAAGAGUAGUGAGGGAAGAGGAAGGGAUACCAGAGCUAGAAGAGGAAGGAGAUACCAAAGAGGAAGAGAAAAAAGUUGUCUUUGUUGAAGAAAAAGAUACUAACAGAGAACAUGAAGAGAGUGAAAGUGGUACGGUGAAAGUAAAGGAAGAGACUCAUGUAAGCCAAGGAGAACAGAAGGGGCUUACAGUUAUUGAUAGCCCAGAAAAAAGAAGGGAACUUUUAGAAGCCUUGAAGGAUAUUGAGGAUCAUUUCAUUAGAGCUUAUGAUUCUGGGAAAGAUGUGUCAAGAAUGUUAGAGGCUAAUACGGUUCAUUUGCAGUCUGGUUUGGAGGAUAUUAAAGAUGGAUUUCUAUUGUCCGAAUCUUCUUUCUUGGGCCUUAUAAUGUUGAUUUUUGUCAUUUAUUUGUACAGAAUAAGCCUCUUAAUCGCCAACCUUUCCCCUUUUGCUUUUGUGUCUACUUUUGUUCUUCCUCUACUAAUUUGUACUCCGUUGUUAUCCUUACACCACAAAAUUCCUCCUUUAUCCUCCGCUGUGCUUUUCUAUAUAACUUUGAAAAAAAAGAACUCCACUAAACUCAUCCAGGCUAUUACCUGGCAUCGGUCCACAUUGUCUAAGCCUCCAUCAUGCAAGAGUCUUGUGGCAUCGAGUUCAAAAAGUUCUUCAGCAUGGACAGAAUAUAGGAAUGAUCUUUUUGAUGAAUAUGGAGGAAUGGAUUCAGGAAGCCAUUCACUAACACUAGGAAGACUUUAUGCAUGGGAAAAGAAGCUUUAUCAAGAGGUUAAGGAACUCUUGGUUCCAAAUUCAAAUGUUAGAAUGUUGGCAUCUACUCAGCAUAUGCAUGUGUCAUUUAAUUCUGCUCCAGAUAAAACCGCUGGAGACAGCACACGGAAAAUAUAUGAGAGAAAAUGUUGUCGACUGAGAAACCAGGAUGUGAAGGGAUAUGAUGAGCUUGCUACGGACAAAACCAGAGCUGCUGUAAAGGAUUUAUAUGCCAGAAUCUUGAUUGCAAUUCAAAGUGCUGAAUCUAUCUCAAAGAGAAUUCGGAAAGUAAGAGAUGAAGAACUGCAGCCUCAAAUUGUUGAACUGUUAAAAGGCCUGACACGAACCUGGAAAGUUAUGCUUGAAUCCCAUGAAACCCAAAACAAAAUUCUUUUUGAAGUGAAAUCUUUUGCCUGCCCCACAUAUGGAAAAUUCUGCAAUGAUUCUCAUCGACUUGCUACUCUUCAGCUCGAGGCUGAGCUUCAAAAUUGGCGUGCUUGCUUUACAGAGUAUGUUGCGGCUCAAAGAGCAUACAUUCAAGCUCUUCAUGGUUGGCUAACCAAGUUCCUGGUCCCUGAGGUUGAAUUCCAUUCCAGAGGAAGGAGUUCCGCUGCACCAUGUGGAGCCGAUGGGCCUCCACUUCUUAUAAUAUGUUAUAAUUGGUUAACAUUCAUGGAAGAGUUGCCAGAUAAGGCAGUCAUCUUUUCAUUGAAAAGCUUUUUGAAGGAUGUAGGGGCGCUGUGGGCUCAGCAAGGGGAGGAACAACAACAGAAGAGGAAAGUUGAUGGCAUGGCUAAAGAGCUUGACAGAAGGACCAUGGCAUUCCAGAAGGCAGAAACCAGGUUCCUGCAGUCCAAGCUUACGGAAUAUAAAUCCGAGCCAGAGAUGGAACAGCGGAAUGAGUAUCUGAUUGAGAAGGAGGGUCAGUUGGAUAUGUUCAGAAAGAGGUUGGAAAUAGAAAGGGAGAAACACCAAAAUUACAUGCAAGAAACACAAAGAAUCACAUUAAAUGGAUUUCGGACAGGAUUUUCAACUGUUUUUGAGUCAUUAAUUGAAUUCUCAAAGGCUUCUUUAAAGAUGUACAAUGACCUUGUCACUCGAAGUGAAAAUGCUGAAAAGGAGGGGAACAUAUCCUAUAUAGAGGGCUCGCAAGUUGAAGAAAAUGGCAGCAGAUGA